AUGUUCAGCCCCGGCGCGUGGUGCUUUCCGAAGCCGGCACCGUUUGUGCAGUCGUGCUGCACGCCAGGCUUUGACUGCUUGCGGGACAGCACGUCUCUGUUUGGCUACAGCUGCCAGCAACUGCCAACGGCGCUGCUGAACUAUACAUUUGGUAGCCCUUACGGCAGCUGCCUCAACAAGGUCGCCCCUGGGGGACAGUGCG